UCUUCCAAAUACUCCAUCAACUAACAAAGUACAAACUUCUAGUUACCCUAAUGGCUCUCUCUUCUCCUACAAGAAUCCUCUGUUUUGCACUUGCCUUAUCUGCUGCAUCUCUGUCCCUCUCUUUCGCUGCUUCCAACGACUUCUCCAUCGUUGGAUACUCCCCCGAGGAUUUGGAAUCUCAUGAUAAACUCAUUGAACUCUUCGAAAACUGGAUCUCCAACUUCGAGAAAGCUUACGAGACCGUUGAAGAGAAGUUGCAUAGGUUCGAAGUUUUCAAGGAUAACCUAAAGCACAUCGAUGAGACUAACAAGAAAGUGAAAAGCUACUGGCUUGGUCUCAACGAGUUUGCGGAUUUGAGCCAUGAAGAGUUCAAGAACAAGUACUUGGGGCUCAAGACUGAUAUAGCUAGACGCCAAGAUGAAAGAUCUUACCAAGAGUUCGCUUAUAAAGACGUUGACGUUGAGGCUUUGCCUAAAUCUGUUGACUGGAGAAAGAAAGGAGCUGUGAGCUAUGUCAAGAACCAGGGCUCUUGUGGAAGUUGUUGGGCGUUUUCGACAGUAGCUGCAGUGGAAGGUAUAAACAAGAUUGUGACAGGGAACUUGACAACAUUGUCUGAACAAGAACUCAUAGACUGUGACACAACCUACAACAAUGGCUGCAACGGUGGUCUCAUGGACUAUGCUUUUGAGUACAUUGUCAAGAACGGAGGCCUUCGCAAGGAAGAGGAUUAUCCUUACUCCAUGGAAGAAGGAACUUGCGAGACGCAGAAGGAUGAAUCUGAAAUGGUGACUAUCAGUGGGCACCAAGAUGUACCUAGGAACGAUGAGAAAAGUCUCUUGAAGGCAUUGGCUCAUCAACCUCUCAGUGUGGCCAUUGAUGCCUCUGGUAGAGAGUUCCAGUUCUACAGCGGUGGUGUCUUUGAUGGACGGUGCGGAGUUGAUUUGGACCACGGUGUGGCUGCGGUUGGGUAUGGAUCAAGCAAGGGUUCAGAUUACAUUAUUGUUAAAAAUUCUUGGGGACCAACAUGGGGAGAGAAGGGUUACAUCAGGAUGAAGAGGAACACUGGUAAACCAGAGGGGCUCUGUGGAAUCAACAAGAUGGCUUCUUUCCCCACCAAGACUAAGUGAUGAAGUCAUUUGAUCUUAUCUGUAUUUGAUCACUAUCUUCAUAUCAAUAUGAAUGUUAUCAUGAAUUUAUUAUUUUAGUUGUGUUCUCUUUUGAAUUAUGAAUUUAAAUGUUGUAACAACUGUGAGCAAUAAUAAACUGAAUAUAAAAGAAUGUUUGAAAAAAAAAA